GCCAAUCAGCAUGUGAGGAUUACAGUUUUGAUUGACACGAACUUCAUGACUAGGAUUCAGUUAUGCUCCGAUGUUACAGUGACAAUGCUUACUAACCGAGGGCCAUAUGUUAGAAAACUGUAUAUUCGGUUAAAUAUGUUACCCUCGAAAAACACAUAUUAAACUGAAGCUGAUGUGCACUCGAGCUUUUCCCUCCCUCGCUGGUUGGCUAGUGAAGUUCAUGUCAAUCAUAGCACGUUUCUCGCAUCCUCAUUGGCUGAUUUCUCAAAACCGUCAAGGUGGCCACGGUAGCGUUCGUCGUAUCAAAUAGUACGUUUCUCGCAUCCUCAUUGGCUUAUUUCUUAAAUCUGUCAAGGUAACUACGGUAUCGCGAGGCGUAUCCGAUAGUACGUUUCUCGCAUCCUCAUUAACUUAUUUCUCAAAACUGUCAAGGUGGCCACGGUAGCGGUCGUCGUACUUGUCACAAGUCGUCAUCGAGUCUUCUAUCGUGUUCCAGACGUGGUUCUGAACUCCUGCAUAUUGAUAGCCAUUAGAAAUUGUGUGCUGGUCUGGUUUCUUUGAGUUUUUCCUCAGCAUGACAAUUAUUUUUCAUAAGCACGUUCCGGCUAGCGCGUGGGUGACAGCCCGCGCGCCACGAGGUAGAGCUCACACAACGUAACUUCACCGACUUUUCUGAUCAAACGCGGAGAGUGCGUCAGUUGAAGAACGAUUUGAUUUAUUCUGAUAUAUCGGGUACCCUGUGUCACUGGCCUUGUUUUCAGCUGAGAGGCCUGGACGCUUUGCACGAAAAGGCGCACGAAAAAGACGAUCUUUAGAACAAGAUUCAAAAUACGAUUGAUAACUAAAUCGCGUGACAUUAUCCUUGUUAUGUUUUUACUUGUUAUUUGAGCUAAUUGUGAUGAGAGGCCGCACUGACACUCCACAUCUACGAAAAUAGAUACGAUUCCUCUCACACAAAACAGGAAUUGACGCAGUUUGUGUCGUGAAGUAACAAGUGUUUAUGCAAUUUGGAAUGAAAUGAACUUUCAAAAAGCAUUUGUUGGCUAAGCUAAGUAGAGAUGUAUUGGCUGUGCCUACUGUUUUGAAGAAGCCAUGUGCAAUUGAAGGUUUAGGAUCAACCGCAAGGGUCUCGAGUGUUUCAAAGCAACUUUUCAACCUUGGACAGAUCAAUCGAUCCGUCAGUAAGCAACUCACUAAGAGAACUAUGGAUCCUUGGGACUUCGUAGAGCUAAGCGAAGUCCAAGGACAUUUCUUCACAGACUUUGUUUUACCGGAGAAGGCCACACAAACAAAAGUUUUUGACCUUAGUUAUACAGAUGAGAACUUAGACAAACUGGUGGGACAAUGGCUAGAACAUCCAAGCAGAAAAAACACAGACAAAGUGAUCAAGUUGGUUAAGGGAGGUGUUCGACCGGACCAUAGGGCAAUUCUAUGGAAACUUGUAAGUGGUGGGAUAGAGAAACUGGAAACAAAUGAGAACUAUUACCAAGAUACAGUGAAUGAAUUAGGCAUCCUUAUUCCUGGUAGUCUAUCUUCUUCCAUGUUCACGGGAUCAGACAAUAAACUAUGUUGUUUCUUCUUGGGACAAGAUGGAGAGAAAGCCAUGUUGGGAAUCGUAUAUGUGUUGACCCAUGUACAUUCUGAUAUACAGUUCUGUCCAUUAUUGCCUGUGUUAGCAGCACUUUUUCUUCAUUUUAUGGAUGAGAGAGAGUGCUUUGCAUCUUUGUCAGCACUUAUGGAGUCCCGGCAUGGAAUUCUAGACCAGAGCCAACGUGCAGUGGCUGUUACAUCUAAGACAUUUGAAGACUGCCUAAAAAAGUUCAAGAAAUCAGCCUACAAGAAUUUGAAAAAAGUAAUAGAGUCAGAAAGGGAAUCCCCAGUGACCAAGAAAUCCAUUCUGCUUCCGUAUUGGUUGGACUGGAUUAUGGAAUAUGUUGACUUCUGGAUUGUGGUGUCCAUGAUGGAUGUUUUCCUGAUGAAAGGAUCUAAAGUGUUAAUUCGCUUUGGACUUGUGAUCUAUGAUGAGUUCAGUAGAUGGCUGGUUGCAAAGCAAGAUAUGAAUGGUAUAAGUAUUAAGGAUGCUUUCAAACAGUUUGUUAAAGAGAACCCAAUGGAAAGCCAGGCCCUGCUUGAGGCUGCUUUUAAGAUUCGACGGUUGUCAAGGAGAAGGGUAACAAAACUGAAUAACAAGAACCUUGUGCUCAUAGAGUCCGGGAUGCUAGAAGUACCUUACCAACGAGAGAAGCCUUUGCAUGAGACAACAGUCAUGGCGCUGCAGGGAACAGACAUGCUCACAGACAAACAGUGGGAACGGCUAGCAAACUGGCUCCCUGACCGCGCCCGCAUUAAGAGACCUGUUUGUGUGUUCACCACAGAAAAAUAUGGUUACAGUCUUCGAACAUUUUACCAGAGAUGUCAGGAGGAAGAAGAAACAAUACUUCUUAUAAAAACAACAACAGGAGAUAUAUUUGGUGCUUUCUGUACGUCUCCAUGGCUGGAAAGGCUGGAGGGACCAAAAGAUUUGACAUACUUUGGCACCGGUGAGAGCUUUGUGUUCACCCUUUCUCCUGAAGCCACUAAAUAUGAUUGGAGCGGCAUAGAGCAAAAUCAGGAGAGCAAGGACUAUUUCAUGGCAGGAAAUGACAACUGCCUUCUUAUUGGAGGAGGGGGAGAAAACUCAAUAUGGAUUAAUGGCGAUUUUAGUCAUGGUAGAAGUGGGAGGAGUCAGACCUAUGAUAAUGAACCGCUGACAGCUCAAAAAGACUUUGUGUGUACAAGGUUGGAGUGCAUAACAUUCUUGAUCUAAAAAGAUGCCUAUUUUUACUGUCAUUAUUUUUCGUGGGUAUGGAAAUUACCUUUUUUUCUCAGGGCAGGUAUAGUCAACUAAUUUUCACCUUAUAGUACAGUAAAAACAAAUAUGCAACUUGCAAGUUGCUUUUUGUUGUCACACAAAAAUUUAUAUGAUUUCUUAGUGCAAAUCACCUAUUGCCCCUUGAUCAACUUGGUUUUAUCUAAAUGCCAAUACAAAAUGAAAUCUUUUUAUUACAGAAAGAACUUAUGUAAAUACUAGAGCUUCUAAAUAAGAGCGUUUAGUAUAACAGAAUAUUCAUUCCAUAGUAUAACGAUAAUGAGGCAGUGAGAGACCACUCACUUUUUUGCUUUGUGUACAUUUUCACCUUUACAGCUUGUUACAUUACAAAUAAUGCUGGUUUACUUUGAAGUUCUAGAUUGGUCCCUAUACUUUCACAAAUAUAUAAUUUAUAUUGAGUCCAUGAAAAAAUGUUAUAAUAUAAGCUACAAUUUUAUAAUUUUGAAUUUUGUAAAUAGCAAUAUCUUGUGAAUGCUUAAAUAAAUAUAUUUAUGAAAUCAUAA